UCCAGAAGAUUCAUCGUACCGCGCAUCAUGUUUGGCUUUGGCGGACGCAAGGAGACCCCGGCCAACGCUGCCACCCCUGCCCCUGCGGCGCCCGCUCAGGCCUCGAGCGGCGGUAGCAACAACGGCUACUCGUUCGACCCGUCGGGCCUCGAGCGCGCGGCCAAGGCGGCCCGCGACCUUGAAAAGUCCAAGUACGCCAAGGAAGCCUUUAACUUGGCCAAGGAGACCGAGACGACCAAGCAGAUGGAGUACCAGGCCAAGGUCAAGGAGAACGAAGCGCUCACGAAGGCGUACGAAGUGCAGCGCAUCCAGAAGGAAGGCGAGGAGUCGCGCAAGAACAUGGAAGCGCAGACUGAACACAACCAGCGCCGCGCGCAGUACCAGGACCAGCUCAAGCGCAAGCAGUGGGCCGACCAGGCGGCGGCGCAGAAGCUCUUCAAGGAGCAGGAGAUGAAGAAGCAGGAAGAGAUGCUUGCGCGCCAGGAAGCCUCGCGCCGCAAGACGCUCGAGUACGAAGCCGAGCUCCGCACCAAGACGGAGAUGGCCAAGGUGGCGGCCGAAGUCGAAGGUCGCAUCAAGCAGGAACGGUUGAACCACGAUCUGCAUCUCGAGGAAGCGCGCGUCCGCGCCAAGGAGUACCGCGAGACCGUCAUGGAAGGUAUCAAGCUCGCGUCCGACACGGUCGGGUCGGGUGUCAUGGCCUUCUUGGGCGACUCGGAGAAGCUCUCGGCCACGGUCAUGUCGCUCUCUCUCCUUGCGCUUGGUGUAUAUACGGCCAAAGUCUCGACGAGCGUGACCGGCCGCUACAUUGAAGCCCGCCUCGGCAAGCCGAGCCUUGUCCGUGAGACCUCGCGCCGGUCGGCGCUCCAGGUCGCGACCAACCCGAUCCCGUCGGUGAAGCGCCUUCUUCGCAUGGGCGCACCCUCGGACGCGCUCGAGGGCGUUGUUCUCGAGCCCAAGCUCGACGAACGCCUUCGCUCGGUCGCGGUCUCGACGUUCAACACGAAGAAGAACCGCGCGCCGUUCCGCCACUUGCUUCUGCACGGCCCGCCCGGUACGGGUAAGACGCUCUUCGCCAAGGCGCUCGCGCGCCACUCGGGCCUCGAGUAUGCGAUCCUCACGGGCGGUGACGUCGCGCCGCUUGGCCGCGAAGGUGUCACAGAGAUCCACAAGCUCUUUGACUGGGCGUCGCACUCGAACCGCGGUCUCCUCCUCUUUGUCGACGAAGCCGAUGCGUUCCUGCAGAAGCGCUCGAACGCCGUCAUGAGUGAAGACAUGCGCAACGCGCUCAACGCGUUCCUGUACCGGACGGGCGAAGCCAGCGACAAGUUUAUGAUUGUGUUUGCGUCCAACCAGCCCGAGCAGUUUGAUUGGGCGAUCAACGAUCGUAUCGAUGAGAUGGUCGAGUUCCAGCUCCCGGGCCUCGACGAACGCGUGCGCAUGCUCCAGCAGUACGUCGACAAGUACCUGCUCCAGUCCAACUCGAAGGCCAAGCAGAUCGUCGUCAAGGACAUCGAGUACGACGACUUUGUCUCGGUGGCGUCGCGCAUCGAUGGCUUCUCGGGUCGUGAGAUCUCGAAGCUCGUGAUUGCGUUCCAGGCGGCCGCGUACGGCAGCGCGUCGUCCGAGUUCAACAAGGUGCUCAUGGAAGAGGUGCUCGAGCAUCACAUGGUCGCGCACCGGCAAAAGGAGGCGUGGAAGGAGUACGAGAUUGCGCACCAAGCGACGCUCGCCAAGCUCAAGGACGACGAGUAAAGCACCCCGACGACGAUGACAUAGAGCUCAGAGAAGAUAGGUAUUGUGAGGUAGGAUAGAACAGACGAACACGAUCCGUUUUUGUACUGCA